GCGGCACUGGGCCUGCGGGCCUGGUUGCUAGGCGGAAGUGCGGCGCGGCGCAGGCCGCGGCGGCUGCCCGGGCGUUUGAAAAGCGGCUGACUGGCGGCGAAAGACCCCGCCGGCCGCGACCAUGGUGUCCAAGUCCGACCAGCUGCUCAUCGUCGUGUCCAUCCUAGAAGGUCGUCAUUUUCCCAAGCGUCCAAAGCAUAUGCUUGUAGUGGAAGCCAAGUUUGACGGAGAACAGCUGGCGACUGAUCCUGUGGACCAUACCGACCAGCCAGAGUUUGCCACUGAGUUAGCCUGGGAGAUUGACAGGAAAGUGCUGCAUCAGCACAGGCUACAGCGGACGCCUAUCAAACUCCAGUGUUUUGCCUUGGAUCCUGUAUCUUCAGCCAAAGAAACUAUAGGGUACAUUGUUCUGGACUUAAGAACUGCUCAAGAAACCAAGCAGGCACCAAAAUGGUACCAGUUGCUGAGUAAUAAAUACACCAAGUUCAAGUCAGAGAUACAGAUAAGCAUCGCUUUGGAGACAGAUACAAAGGCACCCGUGGAUAGUUUUAAAGCAAAAGGAGCCCCUCCUCGAGAUGGAAAAGUACCUGCCGGCUUGUCGAGACUUGAUCCCAAGGAUAUCGUGGUGGUGCUGAAUGAGGAGGGAGGCUACCAUCAGAUUGGACCUGCAGAGUAUUGUACUGACUCCUUCAUUUUGUCAGUCACUAUAGCUUUUGCCACCCAGUUGGAGCAGUUAAUUCCAUGUACCAUGAAACUUCCAGAAAGACAGCCUGAGUUCUUCUUUUACUAUUCUUUGCUGGGAAAUGAUGUUACAAAUGAACCCUUCAAUGAUCUAAUCAACCCAAACUUUGAGCCAGAGAGAGCAUCUGUUCGCAUCCGUAGCAGUGUGGAAAUUCUUCGUGCUUACCUGGCACUUCAGUCUAAACUACAGAUCCAUCUCUGCUGUGGGGACCAGUCACUUGGAAGUACAGAAAUACCUUUAACGGGAUUACUGAAAAGGGGCAGUGCAGAAAUCAACCAGCACCCGGUCACUAUUGAGGGUGCUUUUACCCUUGACCCUCCCAACCGCGCCAAACAGAAGCUGGCUCCUAUUCCAGUGGAGCUCGCCCCGACGGUGGGAGUGUCUGUGGCUCUGCAGAAAGAAGGCGUGGACUGCCAGUCUUUAAUUGAAUUAAAGACCCAGAAUGGACAUGAACCAGAGCAUUCAAAGAAGAGAGUUUUAACCCCCAUCAAGGAGAAGACACUUACUGGGCCAAAAUCGCCAUGUAUGUCACCUGUUGCACCAUCUAACCAUUCACCUCCAACAAAAGAUGAUGCCACAGAAAGUGAAGUAGAAAGCUUACAGUAUGAUAAAGACACAAAACUGAAUCCAAAGGCUAUCAGUUCUUCGGUGCCUGCCUCACUGCCUCAGCCAGUGGCUGCAUCCAAUGCAUCGGAAACAGCCUCAGGGCAGAAGAUCGCUGUUCCAGCAACAUCACAUCAUUUUUGCUUUUCAAUAGACUUAAGGAGUAUCCAUGACUUGGAAAUGGGUUUUCCAAUCAACUGUAUAUUAAGGUACUCGUAUCCAUUCUUUGGAAGUGCGGCUCCUAUUAUGACUAACCCUCCUGUAGAAGUUCGGAAAAACAUGGAAGUUUUCCUUCCCCAGUCUUACUGUGCGUUUGAUUUUGCAACUAUGCCUCAUCAGCUGCAAGAUACUUUCUUAAGGAUUCCAUUGCUGGUUGAAUUGUGGCACAAGGAUAAAAUGAGUAAAGAUUUACUUUUGGGAAUUGCAAGGAUUCAGCUUUCCAAUAUCUUGUCUUCAGAAAAAACACGCUUUUUAGGUUCUAAUGGUGAACAGUGUUGGCGUCAAACUUACAGUGAAAGCGUGCCUGUGAUAGCAGCACAAGGGUCAAAUAACAGGAUAGUGGAUCUUUCCUACACAAUCACUCUGGAAGAUUACGGGCUGGUGAAAAUGCGUGAGGUUUUCGUCUCUGAUUCAUCACAGGGUUUUUCCGCUGUCCCUCAGAAGCUCUCCCUUCCGCCUGCACCUUGCCCCUCAGAGAUUCAGCCGGAGCCGCGGGAAACCCUAGAAUACAAGGCAGCCCUGGAGCUGGAAAUGUGGAAGGAGAUGCAAGAAGACAUUUUUGAAAAUCAGCUGAAGCAGAAAGAACUGGCUCAUAUGCAAGCUCUUGCAGAGGAAUGGAAGAAGAGAGACCGCGAGAGGGAAUCACUAGUAAAGAAAAAGGUGGCUGAAUAUAGUAUUCUAGAAGGAAAACUGCAAAAAACCCUGAUUGACCUAGAGAAACGAGAGCAGCAGCUUGCCAGUGCUGAAUCCGAGCUUCAAAGAGAAAAAAAGGAAGUUCAGUCAGAACGUGAGCGGAACCUACAGGAGCUUCAGGACUCGAUCCGGAGGGCCAAAGAAGACUGCGCUCACCAGGUGGAGCUAGAGAGGGUCAAGAUCAAGCAGCUGGAAGAGGACAAACACCGGCUUCAGCAGCAGCUUAGUGAUUCUGAAAAUAAAUACAAGAUUUUGGAGAAAGAGUUCCAGCAGUUCAAAGAUCAGCAAAGCAGCAAGCCUGAAGUCCGUCUGCAGUCUGAAAUAAAUCUUCUCACCUUGGAGAAGGUUGAACUUGAAAGAAAGUUGGAAUCUGCAACUAAGUCUAAACUGCAUUACAAGCAACAGUGGGGACGAGCUUUGAAAGAACUUGCCAGACUUAAACAGAGGGAGCAAGAAAGUCAAAUGGCUCGCCUUAAAAAACAGCAGGAAGAACUGGAACAGAUGAGACUGCGUUACCUGGCCGCUGAGGAAAAAGACACCGUCAAAACUGAACAGCAAGAGUUACUGGAUAUCAGAAAUGAACUGAACAGGUUAAGACAACAAGAACAGAAACAGUACCAGGAUUCCAGAGAGAUUACAAGUGGAAAAGCAGACGGCCCCCACGGCACUGCACUCGAAGAGGGUUUGGAUGAUUAUUUGACUCGCCUGAUAGAAGAAAGGGAUACUUUGAUGAGAACGGGUGUGUACAAUCAUGAGGAUCGGAUAAUAAGUGAGCUCGACCGACAGAUCAGAGAGGUUUUGGCAAAAAACAAUGCAAGUAAUUAGUAACGUUGGAAAAAUCUUCACACGGACUCCAGAGCUAAAUUUUACUGACAUUGUAAAAUCCUCAAAACUUCAGAGAAAGGGAUUUUUGACAUGCCAUUUUCAAGUUUUUCUAAGUCAAAUUUUGUAUGUCAUUGUAUAGUAUUUAUUUAAUGUUAUUUACUUUAUGCUACCUCUCCCAUGCUCCUUGUAUUUCUGAUUGUAUUGUGUACACUUAUUUUGUAUGUUCACUUUAAAUGACUUUUCAGUGUUUUCUGGUGUGUAAUCUGAUGGCUAACCUUCAAAACAGCUUUUCAUUGCGUUGGUCCUAGGAGAUAUGACCACAGUGGGCUAAUUUUCAUGCUGAGCCAACACAGUCUAUGGUGCACUUCACAGCUGCCAUGUCUUUUUCCAUUUAAACAUCUGGAUCUGAGAGAUGGAGACACAGUUGUAAAUGUAAACUCAUUUUAGAUGACCUAACUUACGUCCUCCACUUUUAAUAUGUGCUAGUGACAGCUUCCGAAACAAAGCGGGGGUCCGUGCAGACAAGCCACAUGGCAAUGGAUUAAACGUUAGUCACUGAUUUAAAUAGAGCGAAUAUACAUUAAACUCCUCUCGAGCCGUUCAACUUGGAAGUUUUCCGUAGACUCCACUUUUAAGAACACAGAACACUAGCUGUCUGAUAGGGGUUUCCCUGUUGGUCUCCUGCUCAAGGUUGCAUUAUGUAUUUUUUUUAUUGUUGAGAUUAGACACUUAUUUUCCAGGGAAUGACAUACCGGCUGUAAAUGCAAACCCUCUCCCAGAGAGUGUGGAAACAGACAUGUUAAGGCUUCAGCUGAAAACACAGAGUGAAAAAGCAACUGUUUUUCACUCGUAAUUUGAGGCUUUUUCAGAAGUACGUGAGAUUGAGUUGCUGGAUCGAUGAUGUGUGGUGUCCGUAUAAGCUUUACAAGUCCUUUGACAUCGUACUUUUCAAAGCCAGCAUUCUUCUCACAGCAAGACUUCUAUACCUCCGUCAACAGGAAGGUUUUGGAUAAACAGGUUGUGUGAUUAAAAACUUGGAUUCCUACAUGUCGUAGAUUGAAGUAUCGGAAGGCACUUCAAAACAGUCAUGGAGGAAUGCACGUCGACGUGUAUGCACAUUUCCCACGACUGUUUUCAAGUGCCAUUGGUAUACUCGAGGAAGAAUCUAGUAUUUAUCAGUAAGUUCCAUAAAAUCAGAAUAGGAUGCUUGGUAACAUUAAAUGAAUUUUCUGUACUUCCAAAAGGUAUAGUAUUUGGAAAACUAAAUCCUUAUGUUCAUUAAUGUUUUUUUCUUAGUAACAAAGUAUUAACCUUUUAAUAACAACCCAGCAGUAGAUUACAAAGAAGUGACUGCCGGAGAGAAUAAUGACUCUGUUAGUCACAGCAGGAAUUUGCAAUGCUAAUGAUGGUUAUUUUCUCUCACUGAUUUUUGGGCCACGUGUAUAGAAGUAUUCUUUUUGUUGUGGGAGGUCUAGGGUGGUGACUGGGUGUACUUUCAGUUGCACUGUGUGCUGCCUGUGACUAUCUUCAAACACUAGAGGGGGCCUUAGAUUAAAAAAAAAAAGACUUUUUAAAAAAUGGAUGUGUGCUUUAUUUUGCCUUCUGUAAAGUGAUCUUUUGGCUAUUGUAAUUUAAUAAAUAAAAUCAAAAUUAUAAGUA